GAUCUGUACAAGGAGGCCAUGAUGGAGGAGCACCAGCCUCUUAUAUCACAAGAUGGACGCAGUAGGAAAACUCCUCCAGAGAGAUGUCCCCAUCCUCUAUAUUCCCAGGAAAGUCCAGAGAAAACUCACAAUGUCUCAGAGAAUAAUCAGGCUGAAAAUAUAAAUGAUAUUAAGGUUGAGGUCAUAGAUGAAGAGGAGAUGGACGUAAUGGCCAAUCAGCAGUAUGGACUCAUAGAAAGCAAUUCCCCAGAUAGAUGUCCUCAUCCUCAGUGUUCCCAGGACUGUCCAGAGGAGAUGUCCAAUGUCCCGGAGAAUCAUCAGGUGCCAAAUCAGGAGGAAGAUCUGACUUAUAUUAAAGUGGAGGAGGAAUCGGAGAGGUUGAUGGACGAUCCCCUGUGUAAGAAUGAAGUGGAGGAGGACGUGACCACAGAAAAUCCCAGUAAGAACUCUACAGGAAACCUUAUGUUAUGGCUAAAUUAUAAAGUAGAAGAUCAAGGUAUCAAACAACACUCUUCAGGAGAAAACCUCAUCACCCUUAAUCUGUAUCCAGGACUUCACAUUACAGAUCUAUCAGAUAACCACCCAAGUCAUGGGGAGCCUUCUGCUGAACAAUCGCAGAUUGUUACUACAAGCACAGGCCAGAAACGGGGGAAAAGGUUUCACUGUGGUGAAUGUGGAAAACAGUUUAUGAAAAGCUCAGAUCUUGUUACACAUGGAAGAAUUCACACAGGGGAGAAGCCAUACUCCUGUUCUGAAUGUGGAAAAUGUUUUACAUCGAAAUCAAAUCUUGUUACACACGAGAGAAUUCACACAGGAGAGAAGCUGCAUUCAUGUUCACUAUGCGGAAAAUGCUUCACCGAUAAAUCGAGUCUUGUUAGACAUGAGAGAAGUCACACAGGAGAGAAGCCAUAUCCAUGUUCAGAAUGUGGGAAAAGUUUUGUGCAGAAAUCAGAUCUUGUUAAACAUCAGCGAACUCACACGGGAGAGAGACUGUAUUCAUGUUCAGAAUGUGGGAAAAGUUUUACCUCGAAAUCAAAUCUUGUUACACAUGGGAGAAUUCACAGAGGAGAGAGGCUGUAUUCUUGUGCAGUAUGCGGGAAAUGUUUUACAUCCAAAUCGAAUCUUCUUAGGCAUGAGAGAAGUCACACAGGGGAGAAACCUUAUUCAUGUUCGGAAUGCGAGAAGGGUUUUAUUACUAAAGCUAAACUUAGGGAUCAUCAGAGAAUUCACACAGGAGAGAAGCCAUUUUCAUGUUUGCUGUGUGGGAAAAGUUUUACAAAUAAAUCUAUUCUUGUGAUACAUGAGAGAAGUCAUACAGGAGAAAAGCCAUUUUCAUGUUCAGAAUGUGGCAAAUGUUUUAUUAGUAAAUCCAAACUUAAGGAUCAUCAGAGAAGACACACAAUGGGGAAGAUAUUAUGACAUUCACUCAUCAGAGAAGACAAACAGGGGAGAAGACAUUAUGACAUUCACUCAUCAGAGAAGACACACAGGGGAGAAGACAUUAUGACAUUCACUCAUCAGUGAAAACACAGGGGAGAAGAUAUUAUGACAUUCACUCAUUCAGAGAAAACACACAGGGGAGAAGAUAUUAUGACAUUCACUCAUUCAGAGAAAACACACAGGGGAGAAGAUAUUAUGACAUUUACUCAUUUAGAGAAGACACACAGGGGAGAAGAUAUGACAUUCACUCAUUCAGAGAAAACACACAGGGGAGAAGAUAUCAUGACAUUCACUCAUCAGAGAAGACACACAGGGGAGAAGAUAUCAGAAGAUAUUAUGACAUUCACUCAUCAG